UGAAGGGGCAGUCAGCCAAGGCAUCAGUCAGGUCAGGGGGAGCAGUCAGGCGAGGGGUCAGUCAGAAAGGGGGUCAUUUGAGUGAAGGGGCAGUCAGUCAAGGUGUCGGUCAGGUGAAGGGGCAGUCAGCCGAGGUGUCAGUCCGGUCAGGGGGAGCAGCCAGGAGAGGGGUCAGUCGGACAGGGGGGUAAUUCAGGUGAAGGGGCAGUCAGCCGAGGUGUCAGUCAGGUCAGGGGGAGCUGUCAGGCGAGGGGUCAGUCAGACAGGGGGUCAUUUGAGUGAAGGGGCAGUCAGCCCAGGUGUCGGGCAGGUGAAGGGGCAGUCAGCCGAGGUGUCAGUCCGGUCAGGGGGAGCAGCCAGGAGUCGGUCAGUCAGACAGGGGGUCAUUCGGGUGAAGGGGCAGCCAGCCGAGGUGUCAGUCCGGUCAGGCGAGGGAUCAGUCAGACAGGGGGUCAUUUGAGUGAAGGGGCAGUCAGUCGAGGUGUCGGGCAGGUGAAGGGGCAGUCAGCCGAGGCGUCAGGUCAGGGGGAGCAGUCAGGCGAGGGGGCAGUCAGACGGGGGUCAUUCGGGUGAAGGGGCUGUCAGCCGAGGCAUCAGUCAGGUCAGGGGGAGCAGUCAGGCGAGGGGUCAGUCAGACAGGGGGUCAUUUGAGUGAAGGGGCAGUCAGCCGAGGUGUCGGUCAGGUGAAGGGGCAGUCAGCCGAGGCGUCAGUCAGGUCAGGGGGAGCAGUCAGGCGAGGGGGCAGUCAGAAAGGGGGUCAUUCGGGUGAAGGGGCAGCCAGGCGAGGUGUCGGUCAGGUGAAGGGGCAGUCAGCCGAGGCAUCAGUCAGGUCAGGGGGAGCAGUCAGGCGAGGGGUCAGUCAGAAAGGGGGUCAUUCGGGUGAAGGGGCAGCCAGGCGAGGUGUCGGUCAGGUGAAGGGUCAGUCAGUCGAGGUGUCAGUCAGGUGAAGGGUCAGCCAGCCGAGGUGUCAGUCAGGCAGACGGGGGCUCAUUCAGGUGAGGCCAAGGUGUCAGUCAGGUGAAGGGUCAGUCAGGUGAGGUGUCAGCCAGGCGAGGAGGUCAGCUCUCCGGGGGUCAGGGGUCGGGCACCUGGCGGGGAUGUUCAGCUGGCUGGGUCGCCAGGGGAUGGGCCGGGAGCGGGCCGGGGCUGCGGACGCGGUGCAGACGGUGACGGGCGGCCUGCGCUCGCUCUACCUGCGCAAGGUGCUGCCUCUGGAGGAGGCCUACCGCUUCCACGACUUCCACUCGCCCGCCCUGGAGGACGCCGACUUCGACAACAAGCCCAUGGUGCUGCUGGUCGGACAGUACAGCACCGGCAAGACCACCUUCAUCCGGUAUCUACUAGAGCAGGAUUUUCCGGGAAUGAGGAUUGGUCCGGAACCCACCACGGAUUCUUUCAUCGCCGUGAUGUAUGGGGACACGGAAGGCAGUACCCCCGGAAACGCCCUGGUUGUGGAUCCCAAGAAGCCGUUCCGCAAACUCAGUCGCUUUGGAAACGCUUUCCUGAACCGGUUUAUGUGCUCCCAGCUUCCUAAUCAAGUUCUGAAGAGUAUUAGCAUCAUUGACAGUCCUGGUAUUCUUUCAGGAGAGAAGCAGCGUCUUAGCAGAGGGUACGACUUCUGCCAGGUUCUGCAGUGGUUUGCCGAGCGGGUGGACCGGAUCAUCCUCCUCUUCGACGCCCACAAGCUGGACAUCUCCGAUGAGUUCUCCGAGGCCAUCAAAGCCUUCCGGGGGCAGGACGAUAAGAUCCGCGUGGUCCUGAACAAGGCGGACCAGGUGGACACCCAGCAGCUGAUGAGGGUCUACGGGGCCCUGAUGUGGUCCCUGGGCAAGGUGAUCAACACGCCGGAGGUGCUGAGGGUCUACAUCGGUUCGUUCUGGGCCCAGCCCCUGCAAAACACCGACAACCGGAGGCUGUUCGAAGUGGAGGCCCAGGACCUCUUCAGAGAUAUCCAGAGCCUUCCCCAGAAGGCCGCGGUACGCAAGCUCAACGACCUCAUCAAGCGCGCCCGGUUGGCGAAGGUUCAUGCCUACAUUAUCAGCCACCUGAAGAAGGAAAUGCCGGCCGUCUUUGGGAAAGAGAACAAGAAGAGAGAGCUGAUCUGCCGGCUCCCUGAAAUCUACGUCCGGCUGCAGCGAGAAUACCAGAUCUCAGCAGGGGACUUUCCAGAAGUCAAGACAAUGCAGGAGCAGCUGGAGAGCUACGACUUCACCAAGUUCCACUCCCUCAAGCCGAAGCUGAUCGAAGCCGUGGACAACAUGCUGAGCCACAAAAUCUCUUCCCUGAUGAACCUCAUCAGCCAGGAGGAGAUCAACCUGCCCGCCCAGCUGGUGAUGGGGGGGGCUUUCGACGGCACCUCUGAAGGGCCCUUCAACCAGGGCUACGGGGAAGGUGCCAAAGAAGGGGCCGACGAAGAGGAGUGGGUGGUGGCCAGGGACAAGCCCGUCUACGACGAGCUCUUCUACGCCCUGUCGCCCGUCGACGGCAAGAUAUCCGGGGUCAACGCCAAGAGGGAGAUGGUGACCUCCAAGCUGCCCAACAGCGUCCUGGGCAAGAUCUGGAAGCUCGCCGACUGCGACAGCGACGGCAUGUUGGACGAAGAAGAGUUCGCCCUGGCCAAGCACCUCAUCAAGAUCAAACUGGAUGGCUACGAAUUACCCAGCUGCCUCCCCCCUCACCUCGUCCCCCCGUCUCACAGGAAGGCUUUGUCCAAUUGAAGAGCCGACCCAGGGGCCGGAGAGAGAGAGACAAAAUUAGGCAACGACCCGGCCUACCGUUAGACACCCCGGGAAACUUGAUCAGGGGCAGGGGGGCUCAUUUGAAUUAGUUGAGAGGAUCCCUUUAUUUUAUCCAAAAACCUACUCUAGCUGCUUUCUCUCCCCGCACAUAGCCGGGGGUGGGAGGGGAACUGUCUUAUUUAUUUGUUCACUUUAGGAUGCAGCUCCAAGUUUGCAAUGAAGCCAUAGACGGGAGGGACAAACCAGCUCUCUCUCCAACAACUCGUCAGCAGUCUCAGUUCUGAGAAGAAGAAAGCGUCACUGUUCCAGCCCCCCUCCCCGAGUUCCCCGAAGAUUGGGAUUUUAAUCUGGGUCCGAAGCCUCCUCCCGGAGUUUGGGCAGGCAGAGGGGAAUGAGGACAACAGCUUGGCUCAGCCUAACAGGAAUAUGCUUAUGAGGUCACUGUCUCUGAAGCUGCUCGGUGGCCACCUCCCCUGCCGAUCAGAACCUCUCUCCCAAGUGUGUCUCUCACACGCAUCUGGGGUUGGUCUGUGCACUUGGACUCCAGAAAGCAUUUUUAAAGCCCCAACAGUCGGUCAUUUUCGUGGACGAUGUUGAUGGAACCAGUCUCAGUGUGGGACGCCUGCCAUGACAGGCAGCUUGGGGAAACUUCAGGCCUCUCAAGAUGCUCUCAGCCUACCUCUCACAUCCGGUAAUUCACCGCCAAGUCUGUCUCUCUAACAUGACCAUCCUCCACCCGAAAGGGCAGGAAUGGGGCCCCAGAGAUUUUGUUAAAAGUUUCCACACCUCGGCCGGUGACAGGCUUCGAGACGACGUUUCCGUUAACGGGUUCCUCGAGAUGUGAAGGAUCGGAUAAAAACCUCAGUUCAGAGGAAGGAAAUCAUUCUUCAGAGGUCAAGCCAUGGAUAGAGCUGUGACCCACGAUGAAUUUGGGAUUUGUCAUUCAUCCUCACGAGUGACUACUAUAAUGGACUUUUUCCGAUUCUGUUCCUUGUUGUUCCGGCCCUCUCGGGGCCUUUGUCGUCAGAGCGGACGCAUGUACCCUUCCUCCCCGGGCACCGGUCACGUUGCUCUGAUUUAUGAAGUUAGAUGAUGGAAGGGUGGAGGGGCCACCCACCCUCCAAAAACUCUGACGCGGGACCCAGGACGGGUAGGAGAGGGCUGGAGAAAACUGAGGCUUUGUCUGAAUCUCAGCCCCGACUUCCUUUCUAGGUCAUGUCCGGUCCUCUGGGGAAUUAACUACGUAGCCACGCUAAACCGAUCAGGCGCAGAAGAGGAUAUACGAGUUGUAGAAAAUACAUUUUUAAAUUCCAUAGAAAAGAGAAGCUUCAAAAGGCGGCAGAUGCCAGGUGGGAGAGCACAGCAGAAUGAAGUCCCAGGAAGAAACCCUAGCCUUCUCUGGAAAGGAGUCUGCGGGCCUGCUGGCCAAGUGAUGCGUAGUGAUGCGUAAUCAAAAGCCCACCUUUUCGGGAUCAUAAUCGGCGAGGGAAUUAUUCCCUGCAGGAUGGAGAGCCGGAAGGGGAGAGGCAGGCUGGCACAGGAGGAGGAAAGAAUGUCUCACUCACUGCCUGCCGGCUAGCGGAACCACCGACUGUCUCGCACAGAGGACCGGAAGAAAUCUGCAACCUGCUGUGUGCCUGGCUGCUGUUCUUCGCUCAGUCAGCCAGUCAAGCUGUAGUUUCAUCGAGCACCCGCUGUGCCCUGAGGAAGUAGCAUGGCCUAGUGGAAAAAAAAUCCAGCUUUGGGAGUCAGAGAACCUGGGUUCUAAACCCAGCUCCACUGCUUGUGACCUGGGACAAGUUGCUUCACUUCUCCUAGUUUCAGUGACCUUAUCUGUAAAUUGGGGAAAAAGUACCCAUUCUCCCUCCCCCUAAGACUGUGAGCCUUUUGUAGGGCAGAGAUUAUGUCCAUCCUGAUCAUCUUGUCCCCCUCCUGGAGUUUAGUACAUUGCAGGGCACAACGUCAGUGCCUAAUAAAUACCAAAGUGAUUACUAUUAUUGUCAUUAUUGUUACUAAACACUUAAGAGUACAGGUGAGCGCAGGAGAUAUGAUUGUAUACAGCUUUAAUCAUUGGCUUGAACAGGGCCUUGAUCUCAAACUCUCAAACUCUCGCCUUCCUUCUUCACGUUGGGGUAUGAGAGAGCGGGGUGGCAUCCGAGGAAGAGAUGGGGGACUGAGACCACUGAACUCCCCAACUACAAAGCUCUCAUUAGCAAGCGAGCAGGAGGAAAGAAAGGAACCCCUCUGAGGGAAUAGGAGGCAGAAGCUGCUGCAGCUGUGGUGGCUCUUAAAAAAGAAGAAAAGUUGGAAUUCAUAAUACAGUCCCUCCCCAAAAGUAUAACUCUACCGUGGGUUCCUGCUUCUUCAGCCAAUCCCACCCCCAGGAAAAGUCUCCAAAGGAUAAACUGUACUAAAUUCCUGCUCAAGUAGCCUCCCCGGAGCCUCUGAGGAGGCCAGAGAGAGGCCCUGCUUCCAUCACUUUCCUACUGGGGGGUCUCGUCCCCGGAGAUUAUGUAAGUCAGCCCCCAAGCCGCCUUCCUCUUCUGGUCGGUUGGCUUCUGGGCUCCUGGGUGUCGAUUUUGGCUGAUUCUCAGGGCUGUGCUAUCUGCUGAUCCCAGUUGCUUCCCUUCCUGGGUGGCUCGUUAGAAGCCAGGCCACCACGGACGUAAACGUUGUGAACAUGGUCAUCGUGAUUGUUUUUCGAGGGUGGGGGGAUCUGCCUUGGGUUUUCCCUGCUGCCUUCGGGAAGGGGAGUGUGUGACUGGAGGCAAGAAAAGCUGUCACUCUCUCCUCCCUCUUCUCCCCUUCUUCCCCUGUCCCGGGAAGCGGUCUCUGAGAGGUUGUGUACCAUUCUCAUGAAACCUGGAUGCCUUCAAUCCUCCCUGCCGCUGAUGCCAAAUACAACCUGGCACUUUAACCUGUGUGCUGGAUUCCUUGCACCUUGUACUGGGUUCCCUGAGGAGAAGCACCAUUUCCUGGAUACUCCAGGUGUUUGGUGCCGGGGUCCCUCUGGGAAUGACAAGGCGUCGGGGUGACCUUUCCCUUUUGCCCUUUAACACUUUAUUUCCCUUGUGUCCAGAGUAAUCCACAGUAUAGACUUCCUUACUGAUAAGGGAAGUGGCUUACAUUCAUUUCCCCUAAGCAACUGGGUGUGAAAAUAAGCAUCUUCCCACCAUCCAAGCUCGGUGUGGAGCUGUGUUCCAUGAAGACUAACUAUAAUGUAGAUGAUCUAAUAUGCUUCUAUUUUUUAAGAAAAGCUUUGUAAUUGUUGUCUGGAAAUGGUUUUUUUCUGAAAAAACCCGCUGAUAAUAAACUUUGAAAAA